GUCCAGCCCAUCCACACGAUUUCUCCCUCCCCAAAUCUACGGCCCGCGUGUGGUUAUUGACCCUAUCUUGGACCGGAAACAAAACCUAAAAAGUAAAGAAACUCUCAGUUUCGCCAAAUUUCCAGUUCCUUUAACCAAAUCUUACAUCUGUCCGACGAGAACAGACUCUGAAAUUUCGAGCAGAGCUCACUUCAGUUUGCGACUAAUUCCGAUGUCAUCGCUAAUUGCAACGCCCUCCUACAUUUUUCCGACGAGAACACAAUCAGAGCUCACUCCUGUUUGUGUCUGAUUCAGUUUUCACGACUAAUUGCAAUUGAGCGUUCCUCAAUUUCAACCUGGCGAAAGAUGACGAACAUCAUCAGUUACUGCAUCUUCCGUCAUACUGCAUUUCGAUUUCAGCUUUGGGAAAAUGCCGGUAAGGCUCUAUUCUCCUCUUCUGCUCAUUUCACUAGCGUGGAUGAUGCCCUAGAUUCGUUUAACAGGAUGCUCAACACGAAUCCCCUGCCUUCCAUUGUGAAAUUCGGUCAAUUAUUGACUGCCCUUGUGAAACUGAAAGCCCCCGAGGCUGCACUUUCAGUGGCCGAACGAAUGGCUUUGGCUGGCAUCCCCUGCAACGAUUACAUACUUAACAUGUUGAUUCAUUGCUACUGCAAAUUGGGUCGGGUAGAUUUCGGGUUUUCGAUCUUAGGCAAAGCUUUUAAACUCGGGCUUCAACCAGAUGUGAUUGCUUUCAAUACUCUGAUUGACGGGCUCUCCAAAAGUGGGAGAAUUCCCGAGGCAGUGGAGUUGUUUAAUAAGAUGGUGGCUUUAGGAUAUAAGCGGGAUGUGGUCACUUACAACGCGAUCGUAAAUGUGCUGUGCAAGAUGGGCAAAACGGAUGCAGGUCUUAGUUUGCUUAAACAAAUGGAAGUUUUGGGCUGUAGCCCUAGUGUUGCUACCUAUAACACUGUCAUGGAUGCCCUAUGUAAGAAUGGUUUGAUGUCGAAAGCUUUAGAUGUUUUUUCAGAGCUAAAGAAUAAGGGAGUUUCACCUGAUGUUUUCAGCUACAAUUCCUUAAUUCACGGUCUAUGCAUCUCAAGCAAGAGGACUGAAGCUUUGAAGAUGUUGAUUGAAAUGAUAGAAAGUGACAUUAUGCCUGAUGUAUUCACCUUUAGCAUAUUGGUUGAUGAUUUCUGCAAAAAUGGGAUGAUUUUGCAAGCUAAAGCUGUGGUCAACAUGAUGAUCCAGAGAGGAGUGCACCCAAACAUUGCUACAUACAACUCAUUGCUAGAUGGAUAUUGUUUGCGAAGCGAAGUGGGCAACGCUAGAAGGUUAUUUGACUUCAUGCCCAGCCUGGGAUGCAAGCCUAAUGUUCGUACUUACAGCAUCAUGAUUAAUGGAUAUUGUAAAGAUAAAAGGAUCUCUGAAGCCAACAAGUUAUUUUUUGAUAUGCUUGAGAAGGGUUUGAAUCCAAACAAUAUUACAUUUAAUACUCUUAUUGAAGGAUUCUGCCUCGUACAAAGGCAUCAAGAAGCACAUGAACUUCUCACGAAAAUGGUUGAUCAGGGUCAAGUUCCAGAUGUUGUGACAUAUAGCAUUUUGCUUAAUGACAUGUGCAAACGAGGUAAGCAAGAUGAGGCAUUGACUAUGUUCCAAGCAAUAAAAAAUAGCAAGUUAAAGCCUGAUGUUCGGAUGUACAAUAUCUUGAUCGAUAGCCUGUUCAAAACCGUGAAGCGUGGGGAGGAAGCAUGGGCUUUGUUUACUAGCCUCCGCGAAGAUAAGUUCUUACAGCCUAAUGUGUAUACAUAUAACGUGGUCAUUGGUGGGCUUUGUGGACAAGGUUUGGUCGAUAAAGCUUAUGAUUUGUUUAGAACAAUGGAGGCAAGUGGUUGUGCACCGAAUUCCCGUUCUUAUAAUGCGAUCAUCACUGGAUUUCUUCAGCACAAAGAUCCACUUGAUGCAGCGGAACUCAUUCAAGAGAUGGUUUCUAAGGGUUUCUCCGCUGAUGCUACCACAAUGUCCUUGAUCGCAGGUUUAGAUAAUCCAUUUCCUGUAGAACUUCUUGGUUCCUCUGAUUUGGGUGGUGAGGAGAAAGAGCCUAAGGGUUUAUUAACAAAUACAAUUCACGGGGAAUUAUGUGGUACCCAGAAACCUCUUGAAAGUCAUUAUAAUGAGGGUGGUCAAGUUAGCGAUGAUUGCAGGGGCAUGGAGUGACAUUCUUUGAGAUUUCUGCAUGUACAGUUGAGUUUUCUCCAUGGUUGUAAUUAGAGUUCUGACCAUGAUCGUCGUCACGCUCACUGACUAUUUGCUGUAUUUUCCCUCUGGUCUCUGCUGUGUUUCAUGUACCGACCUCAAGGCUCUGCAUACUUGACCGCUUUAAUGGUGUAGUUGUGAUGUUGCUGUUCAUGUUAUCAAUUAUGGUCCUGCGGUAAAACCAGAAAGGUAUGGUUAUGCUUAGCUUUUCAUGCCUUUGGAAAACUCAACCUUAGCCGUUUAUGGAGUUGAAAGUUUUUUUUCCUAAUAUUUUUCUGGGAUGUUAUCUGUAUUUAGAAACAAUGAUUUAGUUUGGCGUGCAUAUUUGUCAUGAAUACACUCCAACUUUUCAACUUAUUGAUUCGGUGAUGCUAUGAAAAUAAUUGGUCACUUAUUGCUGAGUAAUAUAUAACCCGUGGUAUCUCCUCAUCUGUGAAGAACAGUGCAUCAGUUCUUUUUUUUUUUUGCUGUUCCAUUUCCUUUUCAUUUCACUGUAAGAGAUAAGGGCUUUACUUUGUUGGAGAGCAGGCAACGCAUAAAUUAUUAGAGCUCCUACUGGAGUCUGCUUAUUUGACGCAAUAAACUUGGCAGUGGCUUUUGUAUUGAGAACGACAAGCUCUUCACUCAGCGGUUUAAUCGUCUCUGAUCACAUUCAUCAAAAGAGGAAUCACUUUUCUUUUCUGUUCCAGGAACAAGGAAAAGGGAAGUCACCAGCAAAAAGAGAAGAGGAAAAGAGAAACGGAAGACAGAAAUGAAGACAGAAGACAUGGCCCAGCUUAUUAGAGCCGGCAUGGUUUCACAGACAAUGCACAACAUGUUCACCUGUCCAGGUCCGUCUCUCUCUGCCUCCGCUCUCUUAGCUCUCGAGGGUUUCCAAAACGGAAUGGAUUUGUCAGAAUUUCAAAUGCUUUUGUUGAUCUGGGCUCGUUGGUUUCGAUACAAAAGUUGAUGCCUUAUUUUCAAUUGAGUUGAUUGGUGGUACCGAUUUAAUUCGUUACCGAUGGGGACGGUUAGUUGGCUAAAUUCUUCGUAAGCCUGCUUCUGUUCUGUGGUAAAAAGUUGAUCACUUAUCAUUUCAAUUGGCAGGGAGUUUUGCUGAGGCGCAGCAUGGGUGGUGACUUUCCCUGAGAUAAUCACCACAACUCUGAGGAAACUCUGCCAUAUUUCCACUGUUCUCUUCAGUAUUCUAGGUUCGGUUUCUUUCCCCCCUUUCCCUUAUCUACUCGUUAUGUAUUGUGUUGUUUCUUUCAGGUCUUCCCUUUAUUCACUGAAGUUCAUUCGUACAUGGACAUUUUAGUUUGGUUCAGUUUGCUUAUGAUGAAGUGCAUUAUAUUGGAGUUUACCAUCAUUCAGCAAACCAUCUGGCUGACUAAGCAUGUUCUUAUGUUUCUGAAGUCAAUGGCACACUUCAGAAGUGGCAUUUCCUUCUGUUUCGUUGACGGAGUGCUGGAUAAUCUUGUGUCUAAUGCAGUUAGCAGUGGUUUCAUCUUUUGGGUGUUUUUCAGUAAGAAUAGCUGGGUUCUGGAGUUCUAUGUUAACUGAGUUGACAUAAGACUUACCAGUGCUGCUAACUUGUCUGCAUGUAAUUUCAGGGAUGUGUAAUAAGUUGUUGACUGAGUUGUGGAUUUUGCAUGUUUCUCUAAUUUUCGUAUGCUUCCCCUCCUACGCCAGUUGAUCAUUGACAGCAAAGUGAACAUUAAGAUGACAACAGUAGUCGUAGAGAUUGUAAUUCUGCUUCCUAUUUUGAUAUCUUUGGGCUGAAACUCUUUCCAGCAUUUUUCAUUUCCAUUUGCUUAACGCUUGCCCAAGCUGAUUGGAGUUAUUAUUUUAAGUGUACAUUUAUGGUCAUUAGUUGAGUCUGUGCAUGGUGAUGUGAAGUUCUAAAAGUCGCUAAAUGAGGACUAUACUAAAACUUCUAUCAACAAAGACCUACAGAUUCCAAGUCUUUUCUCCCAGUAUGUCCUGUUUUAGAAUAUGCUUACAAUUUUUUUGUUGUAUUUUACCAGUGGCAAGGAAACCGAGUUCCCAAUUGAACUUGAACAGACUCUGGAGCUUAUGCUGGCUGCUAAUUACCUGCACACUUUAAUGAGAUUGGUUAUCUUACUUCUUGUUGGCAAAACUAUAAUGGUAAGCUUUCAGCUUAUGUCACUUCCAAGAUUCAACUCUGUUGUUUAGUUCUUGAUAACUGCAUACAAUAUACUCGUGCUUUCCUACUGCAUUGGUAUUACAAACUGAUCUUGUGAUGCUGACAACACCUUGCAGGACCCUGGAUAGGGCUAUGCUUGCCAAGAAAAGAUAGGGCUGCGCUUGGUAUGUGGAAUUGCCAGUCAGGUGCAUUAUGUUUUACUAAGCUGACUUGUAAAAGCAUUGAUUUGACCAAAGAACAAGUUGGUACUGAAGCUAGCAAAAUGCAUAUGGCUACUUAAUAUGUCCAUUUUUUGUUGUAAACUAUUAAAUUGUCGUGGAAUGGUCUCCCAACUUCCAAGCAGUGGCUUCUUCUGUUCGUUUGUUUGGUACUAUUAAUGCAGAAUUCGCCAGUUUUUUUUUUUUUUUUGUUUUGUUUUUUUCCCAUAGAGAACUACUUAGAUUGCAUGUGCAUCCUGAGAAUUUGAUGUUGAAAUUAUAGCAUACUUUUGGGAUAGAGGACAUAUUUUUGGAUUUGAGCUGUUUUUAGUUUACUUUUAGAGUUUUUUUCCUUCUAAUUUUCAGCUUACAUUUUGAAAAUACACUUUCUGAAAGUUG